CCAGGUAAAAAUGGUGGUGCUGGGGCGCAGGAGACUUGCUCUGUAUGCGCUGCAUGUGGGACUGCAGAGCCGGCAAGAAGUCUUGGUUUUUUCACCCCGGCCCCCCCCUCACCCCCAAGCUGCCAGCUUUGCCAUAAUCUGCGAAAAUGGAGGCUCCGGCUGCUGAUCCAGAAGGGUAAAUUGGACCAGGGGAAUCUUUCCCUUUUGCAUGCCUGCUGUCUUCCAGUCCCCGGGGCCACUGGAGUCCCAGGCAGUCGUCUGCUAGAGGGAAGGGCCCAGGGGUCCUCAUUGGCCGUGCAAGCCCUCUGCGGAAGAAUAGGAACGAAACUGACCACGAGCCCAGUCCUGAUGGGCAGCACCUGGGCCUGGAUGUCUCGGGGAGGGGGAGGGGGAUGGCCUGCAUCUCUCUUAAGUAGAGAUGCAGGAAUCGGGACCUGGGUAGCCAGCAUCUGAAGCCUGGAGAACGGGGCCGUGCGCGAGAUGCUCCAGGAAUGGGAGGCUCGUCUCAGGAAGUGCUGGUUGCUAAAUCAGAGUAGUCCUCCAGCUGGGAAGAGCUCAAGGGAGGCUGGGCCAGAUCACCUGGGCAAAGGUGCACCCUCCCACCCUCACGGCAUUGGCUUGGGGGUCCUGGGCUCGAGAGGCUGAACAAGUCAGACUUGCAGGGGGUGUUUGCCCUUUCCCCAGGCCUCCGGCGAGCUGCCGAGCUUUCUCUCCGUAUGAGAGGAAGGAGGCUGAAAUCUAGGGCUCCCGACCCGUUACCCGUCCGUCUGGCUAUCGGAUUCCUUUGUCCUGCAAGGGUCCAGGAAGGAACCAAACCGUCUGUGCCUCCGUGUCUGGACCCUGGGGGAAGCGAAGGGGACAAAGGAAUCGGCUGUUUCCCUGUGUUCCUGGGAAGGGGUUUAAUCGGGGCCGGGCAGGCGAGGGUUAACGGGAGGUGCUUUCUGCUGCAAGGCUUGGCAGGAGUGUACUACUGGGUUGCUGGAGAGCGGAGAAGGGAGAGGAGGGUUAAACUGCAGUCUGGAUUGGAGAGAGCUGGGGGGGCUCUGGGCCGGAACCCCCAGGAGUGAUGAAUGCAGGACGGGGGACCCCUCGAUGCCCCGGGGCCUGUGGGAUCGGCUUGCAUAAGGGCCAACCCAGAAGCCUCUUUUCCCUCUCCGUCCCCCCCUCUCAGUUCUGCCAUCCCGCCUUGAAACAGAACUAGGCAGAGCUUUCCAUCGUCCUGCAGAGGAAAUGCGAGGGGUUUUCAUAAGGGGGGGAAUCAAUGGUCGGCCGGAGAGACUUCUUAGCUCCAAUGCCACCCCUGUCUGAGGAAAGCCGGUGGCCCUGGGAUCCUUGGGGGAGAGCAACGUCACACCUCCUGAGGACGACGGGGAGGACACUGGGUUUCGCUGAGGUUUGCAUCUUACCGCCGUCAAAGCGGAGGCUCCAGACACGAGCUGGGCUGCCCCGGAGCCAAGGACCACACUGGCCAGGUUUCCUCUACAGUCAAACGCCAGGGCUCACCUCCGGGAGCCCGAGCCUGCCCUCCUGCCCAGAAUGACUCACCAUUCUUCCUGACUUGGGUGCUAGGACAAUAUGGGGAGCUCAGCUGUCUGUUUGUGUAACUAGGAUUCCCCCAGAGUCUCAGCCGCUUGGUUACUAAGAGACCUCCCUGAUUCCAGCUCCUCCAGACAAGCCAAGCAGGCGCUCUUUGGUGUGCAGAGCCUCCCCAGUGCUCUCAUGUUCAAACCCAAGCUGACACGCCUGAUUUUCUGGGGGACAUUAGCAUUGUCCUGAAAGUUCUCCCCUGGGACGGCUGGAAGGUAUAGAGCUAGGAGCCUUUCCCAGCCCCCAUUAUGACAGUGGCCACUGGAGACCCAGCAGAUGAAGCUGCCGCCCUCCCUGGGCACCCCCAGGACACCUAUGACCCCGAGGCGGACCACGAGUGCUGUGAGAGGGUGGUAAUCAACAUCUCUGGAUUGCGAUUUGAGACACAGCUCAAGACUUUGGCCCAGUUUCCAGAGACUCUCUUAGGGGACCCUAAGAAGCGAAUGAGGUACUUUGAUCCACUCCGAAAUGAAUACUUUUUCGACAGGAACCGCCCCAGCUUUGAUGCCAUCUUAUAUUACUACCAGUCUGGGGGUCGGUUAAGGCGCCCUGUGAAUGUCCCCUUGGAUAUCUUCUCAGAAGAAAUCCGUUUCUAUGAACUGGGUGAGGAGGCGAUGGAGAUGUUCCGAGAGGAUGAAGGCUACAUCAAGGAGGAAGAACGUCCUUUACCAGAAAAUGAGUUUCAGAGACAGGUGUGGCUUCUAUUUGAAUACCCAGAGAGCUCUGGGCCAGCCAGGAUUAUAGCUAUUGUGUCUGUCAUGGUGAUUUUGAUCUCCAUCGUGAGUUUCUGUCUGGAAACUUUGCCCAUUUUCCGGGAUGAGAAUGAAGACAUGGCUGGUGGUGGGAUUCCUUUCCAUACCUACUCUAACAGCACCAUCGGGUACCAACAGUCCACUUCCUUCACUGACCCUUUCUUCAUCGUGGAGACACUGUGCAUCAUCUGGUUCUCCUUCGAGUUCCUCGUCAGGUUCUUUGCCUGUCCCAGCAAAGCCGGUUUCUUCACCAACAUCAUGAACAUCAUUGACAUCGUGGCCAUCAUCCCGUACUUCAUCACCCUGGGGACCGAGCUGGCCGAGAAGACAGACGACGCCCAGCAAGGCCAGCAGGCAAUGUCUCUGGCUAUCCUUCGUGUGAUCCGGUUGGUAAGAGUCUUUAGGAUUUUCAAGCUGUCCAGACACUCCAAAGGGCUCCAGAUCCUAGGUCAGACCCUCAAGGCCAGCAUGAGAGAAUUGGGCCUCCUGAUAUUCUUCCUGUUCAUCGGGGUCAUUCUCUUCUCUAGUGCUGUCUAUUUCGCAGAGGCAGAUGAGCGAGAUUCCCAGUUCCCUAGUAUCCCCGAUGCCUUCUGGUGGGCAGUCGUCUCCAUGACAACAGUAGGCUACGGAGACAUGGUCCCCACCACCAUUGGGGGAAAGAUUGUGGGUUCCCUUUGUGCAAUUGCAGGUGUCUUAACUAUUGCCUUACCAGUCCCCGUCAUAGUGUCCAAUUUCAACUACUUCUACCACCGGGAGACAGAGGGAGAGGAACAGGCCCAGUACUUACAAGUGACCAGCUGUCCAAAGAUCCCAUCUUCCCCUGACCUAAAGAAAAGUAGGAGUGCCUCCACCAUUAGUAAGUCUGAUUACAUGGAGAUCCAGGAAGGGGUAAACAACAGCAAUGAGGACUUUAGAGAGGAAAACUUGAAAACAGCCAACUGUACCCUGGCUAACACAAACUAUGUGAAUAUUACCAAAAUGUUAACUGAUGUCUGAUUGAGACCUAUUAGCAUAUUUACAGCUCAAGUGGAACUAAUGCAGAUAUUGCGUAAUAGCCUGCAUUGUAGCUGUGUCCUAACCGCGUGUACUUGGUUAUGCAUGGAAAGCAAGAAUUGUGAAGUGAUUUUUUUUUAAUUUCUUUAAAAAUAUUUUUUUAAAUUUAGAACACAGACUACCCUGUAUGUGGCUUUCAUGCAGACUCUCAUCACAGAUUUAGGGGUUUCCAAAGACUGAAGGUACAGAAAGGUAUAGAAAGACAACUCAGGAAGUCAGGAUUCAGAAAGGGACAUCCGAACCAUCUCAUCUAAGCAGCAUGACCUAUAAUAGUGUCAGCGUGUCACCUCUCCCAAUUAACUGCCCUUAACACAUGCAAGGGACUCCCCUCCCCAUCAGCCCUUCCUUCUUCCUUCUUCCUCUCCCCUGCUCCCUCUCUUUCCCCCCCUCCCUCCCUAUAGCCAGAAAGGAUCCUGGCUUCCCUUUUUAAGCUCUGGUAACUCUUCCAAAUGUCAUCCCCAUGUUUUGCAUUGAAAAGAACACACAGCAUUGCAUGCAGAAAUCACUUUCUGUGUCACCGGCUUGGUGAGAUGCAGUUGCCAAGUGGAGGGCUGCUGAGGCUGGUUUCAUAACGGAAAAUACUGCAUUCGACUCUUUCUCUGCAGUGUCAGUGUGAGGCCCAGGGGAGGGACAGCCAGUGUGACCCAAGAUGGGCUGUUAAGACUCGAAUUUCAAACUCAAGUCUUAGGGGACAAAGCAACCUCAAAGGCUGAGGAACCUCUCUGCCUAGAAAGUCAUCGUCUCCGUACCGUUUUCAGGGUCUCCACAGAGAAUGACCAAUCCCUCCACGACACCUGAGUUUCCCAGAGUCUCCUUUGCUAACAUGGUAGCCUCUUGACAUACUGAUACUGCAGUGAAACCCAACAGUGCUUCAGCACGCUGCAUGGGGAUUUGUUGCAUGAAUCUCAAUAUUUAAUACACAUGAGAUUAAUCUGUUGUUGUUGUUUUUUUUCAGAGUAGCCUACACACACAGUAUUCAUGCUUAUAGUAUUGAUAGACUCAGGAUGGCACUGAGUUAGGGGACUUUUUAAAAAAGACACGGGAAGCCAAAAGUCCUUAAUCGGGAGGGGAAAAGACCUAGUGUGAGACUCCCUGGGAAAAGAGAAGCCAGACCUUCCGCGUGCACUCCACGGUUCUUCCAGGCAGGGGCUCAGACCUCUGCCGAACCCAGAAGGUGAUGUAGCAGGGAAAAAAGCCUGAGCAGAUCGUGUGGACUGCACCCUAGUCAUUACUCUUGUUGCAAGCAGGAUUUUUACAGUUGGCCAGAGCAUUUAGUCGUGCCGGCAGGAGGAUCUGUGGAUCCGAUGUACAUAUAUCCAAUAUCACCUUCAUGUGUUCCUCAACUUACCUACCUAGCUAGAGAUAAAAAAAAAAAUAGUUGCAUUCAAACAUGAUAUAAGCUUAUGCAAUAUUUUUGACACAGGGCAAUUUAUGCAUGUGUUCUGACUAUGUGCACUAAUGCGUGUAUAUGUCUUGCUACAUAUACACGGGCAAACACAUGACACACACAAAUAUAAGUAUAAAUAGUAGUUAUAUACAUAUAUAAAUAUGUAAAUGUAUACUCUCUGGAGUUCAGGUUCAGAGGGCAAAACCAUUGCUCUGUGAGCUGGGGAAAUGACUCAUGCAUGUCUAAGAGGGCUCACGAGUUCAUGUUGGAUUGAUCCUCAUUUUGGAUUGGUUCCCCCACUGGGCCAUGGUUUGCUGCCAUCACCUGAGACACUCCAGCCUGUGUGGUUUCUUAGACCAUUACAAAAUGUCUUUCUGCCCUUCAUGUGCUGCAGCUCCAGUCCCUGUGACUGAAGCUUGUCUUACUGAGUGCACAAGGGCCUAUGGCCCUCAUGGUUCCCUCAAGAUGCCCCUUGGCCUGGCCCCAGGGGCAACCUUUUCAUCACCAGUCCUGAAACCCAGCAGGACAGAAUUAACUCCAUCACCAUCUUCCCACAUCCACUCCCCCCCCCACACUCCUCCUCCCCUUUGGAUUUCCUUUUCACCUGGCUCUGUUUACCCAACCACUUCUGUGGCUCUUUCCUCUCCAAGUCUCCUGAUUCAGUACCAAGCUGAGACCCAGGACUUUCCGUCUUUGACUGAACUCUCUCCUACUAUCUAGAACUCUCUCUCCCCUACUAUCUAAAAAAGUACCAAGGUAAAUCUGCAAAUCUGAAAUUUCUGUGUGGUUCAUAAACUCUGUUCGGGUCACCAGACUCAUAUCUCCCAUAAUUCCUUCUUCCCAUUAGACCUGCUCUAGAGAGAAUUGUGACACAGUAGGGAGGGCAACGGUGUGAGUGUCAGAAAGCCCUGGGCUUCAAUCCCGCCUCAGAGAUUCCCUAGGUACAUGAUUCUGGACAAGUCACUUAUUUCCCUUCCAUCUCAUGUCUGUAAAAUAAGAGUAUGGGAUUUGGUAGAUCCCCUAGCAUCCAUUCAGGGACUAAAUCUGUUAUCUGAAGUGGAUGGCGUGAGUUUUUUCCUUUAUUCUUCUCUCCUUUUCCCCUCCACCAGCCUCUCCCUGGAGGAAAUUAAUGAGCAAUGAGAAUACCUAAAGCUUUGCAAGGAGAGUCAAGUAUCAGAGCCUUAUGCUAAGGCUGAAUUGGUCUAAGAUUCACAUAAAACAAGAAUGGAACUCCAUGAGCUCUAACUUGACUCUUAGGUAUCUGUGUCAUAGAUUCCCCUCCUUGUCUUAUCAAUUUGCUCAGUGCCUAUAGUUGUCAUGGGGAGAAGGAGUCAGUGGUUCUGAAUCACUUCUGUGCAUAGAUUUCUGGGCACUAACAUGUUUUUAUGUGUUUUCAUUCACUCAACUUUAUAUGCAUUCAGUCCAUCUGAGGCUAUUCUGAAUCUCCAAGAAUUAGGAAGGCUGGGGAAGGGUAUGUACCCAUCUUGAUAAUAGUUGAAAGGGAGCAUCCCAGAUCUAAUAGAGUCUAGAUCAGGACUGUGGAUAUUUUAUUACAACAUCAUUCUAGAGAGAAGUUAAGAGCAGAAGAUUCCUCUGUAGGAUAGAAAGUGUUCUGAAAAAGAAAGUGAAAAACAAUCCUCUGAUUAGGAGAUACAAUUACAUGCAAUAUACAUAUGUGCAAAAGACACACAAUAUGACAUGGAAAAUACACAGGACCAGUGGUCCUACCCACAAUUCAAAUGCACAAAUAAAACAUGCACAAAUAAUACACACACGAGAUACAAAACACAUAUAGAGACACAACCAACGCAUAUCAGGAGAAUCAACAUUUCUCUGGUCAUAAAGCUAUAAAU